CAAAAUAGCUGCUAUGAAAAAGGUCUAUUAUGGAUGUCUCACAUUGUUCUUUGGCCUUUCUCUUUAUUCAUUGCACUAAUGAAUCUGUUAUUCUCUCAUUAUUCUUUAUUUAGAAGCAUUAAGUAUACCUUUUUGUAACAAAGUGCAAGUGCUGCUAUCUUUCCCUCAAAAACAUUUCCAUUUUUGUUGGGUCUAAAAGGUACACAGGAGGCCCUUGAUAAUAAUGCACCAGUAGAAAUGAAAUCACAUACAGGUAUACACACAAACACAGAAAUGACUCUGUGCUCUGCUUAUCAACCAGUGAGUGGAAAAAGCUGACACCAUGGUAGUGGACAUGAGAAAAAGAAACAGUGCUCUGGCUUUUUCACCUUAUUUUUGUGAGUUCAGUGGUUGCAUAGUGGUGUGUUUUCUAUAGGUCACUCUGAACAAUAGUGAGGCCAUGAACAGUCCACCUAUUGUAAUGGGGCUCACUGCAGGGACUUUGUCUUUGUCAACAGUGUGGAAUGCCCCAGGGGGCGAACAGGGGCAGGAUAGGCCAAGCCAGAGAGCCGCACUGCUCACCUCCUCUGCGCUGGAACAGUCCCCCUAGCUCUUAAAAAAGGAGCUUGAAUCUAUACAUCCAGAAGAAGUGGGAGGCAGAAAGAAGAAAGAGAGAUGGAUGACAGCAGGGGAAAGGCGAGGCUGUCUGGUUGAAGUGGCAUCAGAUGUGCUCUGCUGGUGACUGAGAGGCUUGAAAGUGCCAUCAUGAGCUCCCGUGUGGGAGCUUCUGGUGUAAAUGGCUCAAGCAGAGUUGGAGGUAGUGGAAGUGAGGAUGCCAGUGAAGAAAACAGUAACAAUGAGGCUCAUGCUUCGUGCUUUAAGGUGGCGAGGCCUGUUCUGAGGAGUGCGGAUUCGACCGGAGAGGGACAUUCGAGCAGCGUGGAGCAACAAGCAAGGCCUGCCCUACCUGGGAGGAAAGCUUUUAAAAAGACCUGCUGUGAAAACAACAGAGGAAGAUGGAGAGACGGAAACCAAGACAGGAGUGAAGAGAGACAAAGUGCUGAACAUUUAGGAGGAAAGCAAAGACAGAGAGCAACAGAACAAGCUCAGACACACAGAGAAGGAUCCCAGGCUAGACAGGGAAGCACUGAAAGUUUAUCCAGCAGUAACUCUGACAUUCAAUUAAGCAGCAUUUUGGAAAUUGGAGAAGGAUCAAACAGCCUGCAGAGAGGACACACAUGUCCAAGACAUCAGUGCAACGGCCACACUCGUACCGUCUCUUCCAGUGUAAACUCUCGCUCUCCUCGGCCUGCUGUCCGAACCAGGUCUUCACCUCAGAGAGUCUCAUCCAGGUCAUCUGCAGGGGACUUACACAGCUUCUCACUCACUUCAUCCAGAGAGCAAGAUCCAUUCUGGGUGGAGGUGAGAACAGGGGCAGCAAUCGGAUGUUCAUCACAAAGCCAUCACUGUCAGACACACCUCCCGCCUCUCACCUUUCCAGAGUUAGGGGAGGAAGAAGAAGAGGAUGAGGAAGAUGAGGAGAACGUGGAAGAUGGUGAGGAAGGUGCCAGUGGGGUGAUGGAGGUGAUGAGUCAACCCAUGACCUCAGCAGUGGUGCUGCCUUACAUUCCUCAUGGAGAGAGGAGGAUAAGUAAAAGAGAGAAGAACAGGAUCAAAAGUCUGAGGAGGAGGCAAAGGAGAAGAGAGAAGUGGAGACAAACUCAACAGCAGGAGAGCAGACAGAGUUCAACAGGGAACCAAUCCAGCAGUAGCAGCAGCGAGGACGACGAGGGCCUGAGCGCCUGCGACAGAGAAGGUUACAUCUGUGCUGUGUGCUUGGACGUGUACUUCAGUCCUUACAUGUGUCAUCCCUGCAACCACAUCUUCUGUGAACCCUGUCUGAGGACGCUGGCUAAGAACAGCCCCACUAACACCCCGUGCCCCCUGUGCAGAACCAUCAUAACCCAUGUCUUCUUCCAAAAGGAGCUGAACCAAACGGCAAGGACGUUUUUCCCAAAGGAAUAUCUGUCCCGGAAACAGAACUUUCAGAAAGCAAGCUGUGCCAAGUGGCCUCUCCCGAGCUGCAGGAAACUCUUCCGCAUCUUUGGUGGCUUCCAAAGGCAGUCCAGUCCUAUUGCCAGACGCCAGUUCCCCCAUGGAGGAGGCUACCGUAUGGACGCCAUUGACUUCGAGGAUGACUCUCGAGGCUGGCGAUUCGACAUGGACAUGGUCAUCAUCUACAUCUACUCAGUCAACUGGGUCAUCGGCUUCUUCAUAUUCUGCUUUCUCUGCUAUUUCUUCUUCCCUUCUUUUUGAUAGAAGCAAUUAUGGGGCAACACAGGCAGAGGAAAGAUGAGGGUAAAGUAAUAAAAUAAGGAAUUAAAGAUGAAGCAGAGGGCACUCUUAUAUGUAAGUGGAAAGGAGGAGCUAAGUUGUAGAGAUUAAUGAGAUACCAAUGAGUAAAUUUCAAGCAGGUGGGAUGGUGGAGGGAAAACACCAACAACAGCGUGCCAGCUUGUUGUCUCUCAUUAAUAAAUACCUGAAAUGGGAAAAUGGUGUAGGGCAUGUUUGGGAAUUCAGUGUUUUGUGUUCUCUGUCUCCACAUGAUGCACAUGUAAUGUAGAUUGUACAACAUGUCCUGUCCCUGUGUGGAGAAGAGCUGUUGCAACAGCUCUUAGCUUGUAGUGUUUCACCUACAAUAUCAUCCCAUUAUGGUUUUAAUUAAUGCUAGACUGCUCCUAGUCAAACUAUUUCCAUGAUGUAUAGUGACAAAUUCAUUAAUAGGAAUUUUAUUCAAGAAUGAAUUGAAUGGAAAAUUCCAAGUUGCUGUUACUAUAACUGCACAACUUAGACCCAUGACUAACGGUUCAUUGCAAGAUGUGCAACUGACAACAUAACAUAUAUUUAUGCUUUUUUUAUACGACAAUCAGUAUUUUUAAAAUGAUUUUAAAAUGCAUUUUCAAAAUAAUAAAGUCAUUUGGAAGGUAGAACAAAUGCAUGUUAGCACUGGGAAGAUUUUGAGAGUUCUUGUAUUUUCUAUCGAAUAAAAUUUAGAAAGAAACACACAGCUGCAGGUAUGUAGAUGUGGAUUUUAAAGCUUUAAAGUGAAUUUCAUGUUUGGUAGUAUACUUAGAGUCUUCAUAUAGUUUGGCAUACUUUUGCGAUGGCAAAGAAGUGCACGUCAUUUAUGGGUCAUUAGUUAAUGUUUGUUAACUUAUUGCAAACAAAUCAGCUUUACACACUUAAUAAUAUGUUGCAAAUCAUUUUCUGUAUCAUAUUUAUGCCAUUGGUUAGUGAGAAGAUAACAUUUACAUGUUAUUUCAUUUUUCAUUAUUGAGAUCACAAAUCUGUAAGCUAGGCCUUUCUAGACUGAAAGCAGCAAAUAGGUAUUAACAAA